GGAGGCGUUACUAGUAUGUGUGUCAACGUUGAAAAAAACAUUCGUUUAUUCAAUUCUUUUUUAUUCUUUUUACAUUAGGAAUACAGAUGAUGUCAAAUAUACAUUUCUCAACAGUGGCUUUCACACUGCGUUAAAGUGAAUGUUUGAGUGUGGUAAUUCAGUGAUUGUAUUGAAAAGUAUAUGGAGUACAUUCAUUGUAGAUCAUGCGGUCACAGUCUCAUACAUGUAUCUCCCACGAAGAAGACUAAACAAAUCCCAGAAGUGCGUGCUAUGUGGGAUAUGAAACGUCAUACAUGGAGAUAUGUUCUUGUAAAUCACAUAAUGGAAAAAGACGACUUUGGAUUUACUCAAAGAGAUCCAUGGAUCUUACAACGAGUAACAACAGCCGGAGAAAAAACGAUGGAUUAUGAAAGGGGAUUGAGACAAGCGACUUUUAGUCCCAAAUUGAACUACCCUAAAGGUGAAGUCUGUAGAUCAGGAAUAACAACAGAAGGCGUGGCAAAAGAAGGCUCGACGUCACAGGAAACAGGAAGCAGUCAAGUCAACACGCACCAGAGACCGGAGACCUCAGUCAUUCGUGACCCACCGAACAUACCGAACGUUGUGGAGUAUCACUUGAAGUAUCCUAGUUUACAGCAGCAGAAAAGUCUUGUUACCAAUAGAUUGAACGAAAACACCAGGGAGAUGAGAACUGAAGAAUCAACUCCACUGUCGUCUCGAGAUGAUAAAAAGAGUCUUAUCUCACGUUUAUCAAACUUGUCGAUUGAUAACAACGUAUUCGAAGGAUCGGAUGAGUUGCCACAGGUGUUUCAAGUAAAAUACUUGGGCUCACACGAUGCAAGAGGUCUCUGGGGAAUCAAGCACACGAGAAAGCCAGUUGAUAGUAUGGUAGCUACAGCUAAAUCCUUACCGACUGACACAAUGCUACCUCUGAUGAAAUUGGUUGUCUCUUGUGAAGGUGUGACUUUACUUCCUUUUACUAAACGAAAGUUAGAAUUAUCUACUGGGAAAAAUUAUCCGAUCGAAAUAAUUUCUUAUGGAGUUCAGGACUUAGUUUACACAAGAGUUUUCUCAAUGAUUGCCGUUCGUGAUACUUCUAAUUUUAGGAAAGUCUCACCCUUUGAGUGUCAUGCAUUUGUUUGUGAAUCUAAACAUCAUGCGAGACAAUUAACUUAUGCACUUGCAACAGCAUUUCAAAUUUAUUCACAAACAGUUAAAGGACUAGAAAAAAUUCAAAAAAAUACAAGUGAUGUGAAAAAAAAAUUUGCUAUUGACUUACGAACACCUGAAGAAAUAGAAUCUGAUUUAACUAGAGAUUCAGAAGCUUAAGAAUUUUUUUUUAAUUUUCAUAAUCAAUUAAGGUAACUAAUUAUAAGGCUCAAUUAAGUAAGAAUAACUGGGACAAAGUAUACUCUCUAAAAUCUUCAUAUAACUCUAAUUAAAAGAAAAGUAUAAAUGAAAAGUUGUUUGAAAUUAAUACCUCUGUAAAAUAUUAAGUUUUUUGAUUAAUUAAUUCUUUUAUUUUAUACAGUUUGCUUUGUCUCAAGUGUUAGUUAUAGUGUAAGUUAUUUCGUUCAUUUGCUCGAUGGUAAUAAUUGCUCUUUGAAUACUAAAUAGCAGCAAGACUUGAAUUUGUCUUUGAAUACAAGGCUAGUUAUCCAAAGAUCAAAAACGAAAAAAAUGCUGUAGACUUUCAGCUCGGUUUCACAAUCAUUUUAUAUUCAAAUAUGUUCAAUUCUAUAUUAAGUAUUAUUUAAAUAAUAUGUAAGAUAACUAUAUUUUUAAGCUGAAAACCAAUAUCAAUACAUAUCAGCUAUUGUACAUAGUAGAUGAGUAAUUCUGUCAAUUUAACUUGUGCUAUCAAAUUAUUAUAUAAAAUGUAAAUAUUUAAAGGCUUGGGACAUUUGUGGAAAUUAUGCUUUGCGUCUGUUUAAGUUACAAUUAUAUUCACAUAGUCGUGUUGAAAUAUUAAUUUUAUAGAUAAUUUAGAAUGAGACUAAUUCUAAACAAGAUUUCAGAGCUAUCAAUAAAUUAAAAAUUGUUAUUCAUUGUA